UCUUACUAUUAACAUAUUAUUGCCUAUAUUGCUUUCUUACCCUCUUACUGCUCAUAUCACUCUCUUACCUUAUGCUUACUUAUCACUUCCCUUCCUACUUAUCAUUAGUUUAUUCUCUCUAUUAUUACUUAUACUACUUACUUAUUACUUACUCUUAUUCGUAUUCCUUACUUGUUUUAUUCCUUACUUAUUACUUGCCCUACCAUUCGUCUGCUAUUUACUUACCUCCUUCUUAUUCCUUUUAUCACAUUCCUUAUAUCACCUGCUCCCAUCUUUCUAUUCUUUCCUUACUUAUUUCACUUAGUCUCUUUACUUAUUAUCUUGUUUUUAUUACUUAUCACCCCUCACCUUAUUUUACUUCUAUCCCUGUCUAA